AUGGCAAAUCACGUAGCGCAUUUCAUAGAGAAAUGUAUGGUUCGUAAACGCGUAACGCGCAAUACUUUGAAAUUUGUCGACGUGCUGUGGAUUUCUAAAAGACGAUAUACUUCCGCAUUAUUUAUUACAAACGUUAAGGGCAAAGAAUAUUAUUCAUUUUUACAGCCGUAUAUAGAUUUUGAUAAAAGAUUAACAGAUAUAGAAAAGUUACAGCAAAAUUUAACAGCGAGAAAAUUAAAUUUGAACGCCAAGGAAGUUAAAAGUAUGUGGGACUUUUACAAUUCAGUGAAUACGACGAAAUCUAAAUUAGAACAGAGAAGCCAAGAGAUAUCGAAGAAACUAGUUCCUUUGUUUGGAAAACAAGAAAGUUUAACCGCGGAGGAACAAGCGGAACUUACAAAAUUAAAAUUGCAAAUCUCAGCAGUAAAGCACGACUUGAGAAUGAUCAAGGAUGCUUUGGAGAACGUAAAGGAAAGUAUUUUGCAUAAAAUGUUUGAAUUACCAAACGAAUUAGAUGGAAAGACACCGGUCCAGGGUCCUAUCGUAUUAAAACGCGUUAAUUCUUUAAACGAACGUCCACACCCGGAUAAGAGGAAUCACAUCGAAAUUGGAAGACAUCUUGGUUUGUUGGAGUAUAGAAAUCCAAUGCAAUACUAUUUAUGUAACGACGCAGCCCUUUUUGAACUUGGUAUAUUGAGUUACGCUGGACAAAUACUUGGCGCGAAUAAUAUGAUCAGAGUAGCGGGCGCAGAUUUUAGUCGUAGCUUGAUAAUAGACGGCUCUGGUUUGAAUCACGAAGAUCCUGCGGAUGCUUUUAUAAUAGACAAUUAUAACGAAGUGGAUAAAGAUUCGCCGAAUCGUAUGCACCUUGUUGGAGGUGCAAGUUUAUUUUCAUUUUUGGCAAUGCAUGCAAAGCAGUUGAUAGAUCCGCGUCAUUUUCCAAUAGCAUAUUUUUCCACCGGCAGGCAAUACACCCCUUUUCGAACAGGUUCUACCCCAAUCGGUUUGUUCACUGUCUGUCAAGCUUCAGCCGCGCUUGCAUUCAUAUUGGUCAAGGAUGGGAAAAGCAAAGAGUAUCAUGCGCAAUUUGAAAGAUUGUUAAACACUGUAUGCAAGUUGUACGAUAACGUGUGCGAUCAUUAUCAAAUUGUGCUGAGGUCAUCUUCGGAAUUGCGCCCUUGGGAAUCAAUGCGCGUAUCAUUCGAACUCUGGUCUCCCUUCUCGAGACAAUACAUCGAAGUUGGUCAUAUAUCCGUGUACGGUGAAUAUCUUAGUAAAAGAUUGCAGAUUAUGUAUCGAUCGGUGAACGAGGUAUUCUUCCCUUCCGUGAUAUCUGGCACCGUGUUGUCGGUACCACGGCUUCUAGGAUGUUUAUUGGAACAAAAUCCGGAUAAAUUUGUUAUUCCGCAGAAAAUCUUAGAACACAUGCCCGCAGAUAAUACUUGCCUCUAAAUUUAGGAAACGUAUUUCUAAAUACUUGUAAGUGUCUUACACCAUGACUUCUGCAUACUUUUUGAUGCUUGUCGUUUCUAAGCAUAUUUUGUUUAUAUUUAUAUUGUUAUAUUGUAUCGUAUAUAUUA